AUGCAAGUCGCAGAAAUUCUGUCCGAUAUCACAUCAUUACGAGUUUGUGGCGAUAAGGAAGCUCUCACUCUGGUGAAUGUGCACACAACUAUACCUAGCGCUGAAAGUGCUGGAGCCGGAAAGGCCGGGAUAGAAAGUGCUUCACUAGGGGCUGGGCAACUCUCGAAAAAGGAGAAAGAUCUCCACCGUGUAAAAGAGCUGGUUGAAUUGCAUUAUGAAAUGAAGGCGCGCCAUGUUAAUGGCCAAGUGGAUGAGGACUUGAGACGAGCGCGAGAAAAUGUUCGUGAAGUGUUGGGGGACCUGGAGACCAUUGUUUAA